AUGUCGUCUGAUACGCUUUCUCCCACCGAGACCUCGGUCUCGGUUAGCAAGCGCAACAUUGCCAUUGCCGAGCUCGUCAUCUUCUCCCUUAUUCACAUUAUUCAAUUGUCCGUUCGAUACAUGCAAGAGUGGAAGUAUUGGCAUCACAAUAAAAGGCAGAGUAUACCUCGAUGCCUCUUCUACUCCUGGUUCAGCAUGAUUGGACUCUUGUCGCAGAUUCGAAUUGCUAGCUCCGCCAUGAUAAUCUCAACAUCAAAUCCGACCGAGUCAAUGCUCAUCGCCGAGUCGUCCCUGCAAAGUGUAGGCCUCUCGCCGCUGAUGUUUGAAGUCAGCCUUGUUCUGCUGCGAUCUGGCCAAGCUGGUGAACAUGGACCAGGAAACUCAAAAUAUCCCAAAUCACUGCGGAUAAUGAUGCACGGCUUCCGGUUCCCCGUGGUAUUCGCCAUCGUUUUAGGAGUGGUAGGUAGUAUCAUCAAAAUGCCUGCACUCGGCAAAGCCGGAUCCAUUCUUCUCAUUGUCGUCUUUGCCUUUGUCUGUGGCUUGAUAUCUUGGCUUUUGGUCAAGUUUCGCACAACCCUGCCUCUGGCUGGCUACCGCGCAGUCCUGUUGACAUCCUGCGCCUUGCCUUUCUUGCUAGUCCGGGUCAUGUACUUCGUGCUUUUGGAGUUCGGACCUCCAAAGUUCAACCCGGUGUAUGGCAAUGUUGCUAUCUUGGCUAGCAUGGGGCUGUUGAUGGAGAUCAUCGUCGUCUCCUGGCUUAUGGCGGCUCGGGCCGUUGCUGAGCCAAUCUCUGGGUUUAUGGGUAUGAAGCGCAUCACAUCUAUUGACGAGGAGCAACCCGGAAAUUGA